AUGCACCAUAGCAACCCGGCAUCAACCGACCAGGCGUCGGACAAACCGGAGGCUUACCACCAUGGGGAGCUCCAGCCUUCCACGGUUGAGGAGGAAGCUUCUUCAAGCCGAGUUGAUCCCAAGGCAAUCAUCGCGAUGAUCGCCAUCAACUUCAUCGUGUUUGCCCAGAUCAUCUCUAUCAUCGGGUCCGGAAUGCUCGCUGUCCAGAUGAUAGGUCUCCUGGGGGACCCUUCCAAGGCAACAUGGCUCAGCACCUGUCUCACCAUCUUCACGCUCGUACUCAGCCCGCCACUGACCCAGGCGGCUGACUACUGGGGUCGCAAGUGGAUUAUGGUAGUGAGCUCAGUCGGUGGCUUCGUCGGGCCCCUGAUCAUCUCGAGAUCGAGCAAUGUCAAUAUGCUCCUUGCCGGAUUCUGCAUUCUAGGCUUUGCCUGCGUCGCUCAACAUCAGCACCGGCUCGGGGCGGUGACGGCUAUCCUCAUGGCUGGAGCCCUGGUCCGCAACGGCAACUUUGAGAACUACCGCAUCCACUGGUAUGUUGUCACUGGCCUGUACUUCUUCGCAGUCCUCGGACUGAUCGUGGGCAACAACCCUCCGCCUCGCGCACUUCAGCUGUCCCUCACGACCCGGGAGAAGCUCCGCCGGCUCGACUGGUUCGGCUUUGUUUUGCUCCCAGUAGGAUCUAUUCUCUUCUGUGUUGCUCUGCAGUGGUCCAGGAACCCGUACGACUGGGACGACGCGCACAUCUUGGCCCCGUUCAUUGUCUCUGUCGUCAUUAUCUUCGUAUUUGCCGUGUACGAAUGGCGAUUCAAGAGCGACGGAAUCCUACACAGCGAGCUCUUUCGCAGCAAGAACUUUGCAAUUGCCCUCUUUGCUGUCUUCAUCGAGGGCGUGGCCUUCUUCGCCUGCAACAGCUACAUGAGCUUAGAGGUCCAAGUCCUACGGCAAUUGUCGUCGUUCUCUGCUGGACUUCGUUUUCGACCUCGAGAUUCACUGAUUGUUGGAUUCGUGCUCUUGGCAAUCUUCAACAGCCUCAUGGCGGCUGUGAAGACCAGCACCUCCAGCGGCGUCUUCUGGGGGUACCCUGUCCUGGGUGGCCUUGGACUUGGCUUCCUGCUCACCAACCUGGCCGUCAUCAUCCAGAUGAGUACGCCCAGGGAGAUGAUUAGCCUGACAACCGGCAUCUUUACUGCAUGCAGAGGCCUUAGGGCAACCGUUGGCCUGGCCAUGAACACGGCCAUCUUCAACGAUGCCAUGUCGGCAAACCUUGUCCCAAAGAUUAGUGCGGCCGUCAUUCCCCUGGGCUUUUCACCUGAGCAACUGCCAACCUUGCUCCAGGCUCUCAGCUCGGGGGACCCUUCGACCAUGAUGAUGGUGCCGGGCAUGACUCCGGAGAUUGCCAUGGUCGCGGCUGAAGCCCCGAAGGAGGUGUAUGUUCUCUCAUUCCGAAACGUCUGGAUUGCCUCGGCAGCCUUUUCUGGCCUUGGUAUUAUCAUAUCUUUCUUCGUGAAUAAUCUGCAAUCCGAGUUUACUCACGAAACCGAUGCUCCUAUGAUUGGAAAGCCACUUGAAAAGAAGGUCAAUGUCUAG